AUGAACACCAGCUGCACAGGCACAACUCAUCCAUUUGCAUCUCCACCAUCAGACGAAUUUUAUGCCUUGGGCACAUUUACUCGCACUCCUGAUUUGGCAACGUCUUCAUUGACGAGUUCUAGCUGCUCACCUUCCGAUGGUACGAUCUUGAGCACGACAACACCGAGAUCCACUAGUGAUUAUUCAUCACGCUAUUACGGACGUACUCAUGAAGUGAUCAAUCGCAUACAAGGCAUGAUGCUUGGCUGUUAUCACGAUCCCUAUGCAAUCGACCAAAACCAAGAGAACGCCGUCAUUUGUCACCAACAGCAACAACAUCAUCAUCAUCACCAUGACUUUUUAUCCGAUAGUGGCAUGGAGCCACAACAUCAUCACACACAACAACAGCAUCAAGCAUCAUCUUAUUGGUCAUCGCCUAUGUUUGCAGGUGCCCCAAUACGAUUUCCACCAACGUCAAUAGUUCAUGGCGUCCUUCCGUUCCAUCAAGCACCCUUGUUUCAACAGCCCAAUGACAGCAAAAACCCCGAUCCUGCUUCUUACACCACCGAGUAUUUACCUUCGCCAUCCUCUUACAGUAAUGGUACGGUGGUUGCACCGCCACUUUCAGCAGCACCAGCACCAGCACCACCUUCAACGCUUCAACAUCACCAAUCAAUACCACCUACGGUUCCAAGCACUACUAAUACAACACAUACAACAGCAUCUACUUCAUCGUCACCACCUUUUUCAAAUGAUGAUGAUGAACAACAAGGCAUCGAAAAUGACGAUCAUGCUUUUUUCCCUCCUCUGGAAACAAGUAUACAAGAACAACAAGAGCACAAUCAUCCACAGCCGCAGCCAUCACCCGAAGAAAGGCCUUAUGGAUGUUCAGAUUGUGCCUCUGCAUUUGGCCGACGACAAGAUUUGAAACGACAUGUCAGCUCUGUGCAUAGAAAAGUCUUUCCUUACGAGUGUAUCCAAUGCCAUCGCCUCUUUAGCCGUAGAGAUUCCUUAUUACGCCAUGAACGUAAUUCGUGCCAUCGACCUUCUAUUGCUCCCCAUCAUCCACAUCCAUCACCAUCUACAGUGUCAUCAUCAUCAUCUCGCCGCAGUAACAAUACUGCAUCAUCAUCAUCACGUCGUAAUGUGCAACGAAGACGUCGCCGCAGUAACCAAGGAACGACGACAACAACUACUUCCACAACAAAGUAUCCACGCAACAGCAACAACAUCUCCACCACAACCACUUGUAGUAGCAACAACAACAACAACGAUGGUAAUCGUACCCGAUCCUCAAGUCGUCGCUACAACACUAUGAUGUAUUAA